CGCGCCGGAAGUGACUGAUACGGUCGCCAGAGACUCCGGAAGUGGCUGCUGUGAGGGAUUACUGCAGACUUUGACUCCCGGUUUGCGAUGGGUUGCGACGGGGGAACAAUCCCCAAGAGACACGAACUGGUGAAGGGGCCGAAGAAAGUUGAGAAGGUUGACAAAAAUGCUGAAUUAGUAGCCCAGUGGAACUACUGUGCUCUAAGUCAAGAAAUAUUAAGGCGACCGAUAGUUGCCUGUGAGCUUGGCAGACUUUACAACAAAGAUGCCGUCAUUGAGUUUCUAUUGGACAAAUCAUCUGAAAAGGCUCUUGGAAAGGCGGCAUCUCACAUUAAAAGCAUUAAGAAUGUGACCGAACUAAGGCUUUCUGACAACCCUGCCUGGGAAGGAGACAAAGGAAACACAAAAGGUGACAAACACGAUGACCUCCAGCGGGCGCGUUUCAUCUGCCCCGUUGUAGGCUUGGAGAUGAACGGCAGACACAGGUUUUGCUUCCUGCGGUGCUGUGGUUGCGUGUUUUCCGAACGAGCCCUGAAGGAGAUAAAAGCAGAAGUUUGUCACACAUGCGGGGCUGCCUUCCAGGAGGAUGACGUCAUCGUGCUCAAUGGCACCAAGGAGGACGUGGAAGUGCUGAAGGGAAGGAUGGAGGAGAGAAGGCUUCGAGCAAAGCUGGGAAAGAGUGAGGAGCCAAGCAGCCUUCCCGCUGGUGGGAGCCACCUCCCUGGCCUUCCUGAGCCCCCCGUGGGCUCCUGGAAGGGAGGCCAGCGAGACGCCCUGGUGCAGGCAGCCAGCUCUGGAUGGGUGUGCGGAAAGCAAAGAAACCAAAGGCAGCGGAGUCUGUCUCAAAAUCAGAUGUCAGUGAAGAAACCCCAGGACCAUCAAAAAUUAAGACUGGGAAGCCCGAAGAAACCAGCCUUGAUUCUAGAGAGAAGAAAACCAACUCGGCUCCCAAAAGUGCAGCAGCAAAUGGGAGCUCUUCUGGAAAAGCCGGGAAGCCUCCGUGUGGAGCGACAAAGAGGUCCAUCGCCGACAGUGAGGAGUCGGAAGCUUACAAGUCCCUUUUCACGACUCACAGCUCCGCCAAGCGCUCCAAGGAGGAGUCAGCCCACUGGGUCACCCACACGUCCUACUGCUUCUGAAGCCCGCGCCGCGCCCCCACGAGGGAGGGGCUGUGGCCCUGGGCUGUGCUCUGUGCGCUCUGCUCCAGCUGCAUCUGCACGAGGUCAACCCCCCAAACCUCUGCCGCUGCGGUCAGUCCUGCCUGUGAGGCAGGUGGGGGCCCGCGGUGGCCGUGCCAGCCCCACCCCGUCCCCCUCUCCCUCGGGACCGCGCUCCCUUCCCCCUGCAGGUGCACUUGGACCUUCCCGUGGCCCCGAAAGCGUGUUGGCGGCACUAUUUAUGCUUAAAAUAAUUAAAGACUCCAGAUUGCUCAUGGUGUGUGGUCGGCUCAUUUUGACUAAAAUUCUCAUGGUUUUGCUGCCAAUGGGUAAUUAAUUAAAUAAGCCAAGUGAAACUGAACUGAGAAAGGAUGGGUUUCAGGUACACUCUGCCUGCAGGGCCGCGGGAGGGAACGUCUGUGCCAGAGAGGGGUCACCGCCUGGGUCGAGUACUUGGUGCCCUUCCCGUGUCAUCUGGGUGACAGAGGAGAUUGACUGGGGCACCUGAUGAUUUGGUACAAAAAUAAAGCAAGUCUGAAGUCUGCCUUUUCUCUCA